AUGAGUGCUCCAGGAUCACCCUCCUCAGAAAAAAGAUGUUGGAUAUGUCUUGAAACAGAUGAGACCAGUGAUCCUUCAUGUGGUCCUUGGCGUGAAGUGUGCACAUGCAAUCUUGUCGCUCAUGAAGGUUGUCUUUUAAAGUGGGCAGCUUCCGUUGAACAAAAAGAUCCAAAUAAGCCCCUCACCUGUCCGCAGUGUCUUCGAAAGAUUCACAUUGUGAAAGAAUCCAAUUUAUUUCUUAACCUUCGUGAUAGUAUUGAGUCAUUUAACUCUCAAACUGCGAAUGCUCUUAUUUUAAGCAGUGUCGGUGGUGGUAUCGUCUUGUUUUUUUAUACUUCACUUUACACCAUAGGAUCAUCAGUCAUUCGCUCUAUAUGUCCUUCGGAUAUGGCGGAUUCUGUACUAGGCAUAACCAGCGAUAAAACCGGCAUUCGGACACUAGAACUUACUACAAAAACAACAGCAAUACCAGCUUUGGUUCCGAUCCUGUUGGUGCUUGCGCGACGAACUUCCAAUUUUGCUAAUGCUGCUCUAUGCUUAUCUCCUCUAUUGAUGGCAUCAAAGGAUACCCCUAUAUGGAAGUUCAGGGAUGAGAAGUUGGCUCUAGCCCUUUAUCCAUUUUUACGGCUUGGAUAUCUCAAACUCUAUGAAAAACUUGUUCAGCCAAUUAUCAUAUCUAUUGGAAAGCAAAUGAAGGACUCACGGGUAAAGCCAUCAGGAAAUGAUGGUGCACUUCUAGAAGGAUUUAACUUUGAAGUUGUUGUGGAAGAUGAGCUAAUUGAUCUUGAUGAUGAUGACGAUGAUGACCUUGGAAUUAAUUUUAUGGGGCCAAUUUUGGGUGGUAUAAUUAAUUGGUUCAGAGGUAAUAACCGGAAUGCAAACCAACAAGCCAACAACGUUGCUCGUUUAAAUAAUCACGACCGACGUCGAGAUGAUCAAGGUGCGAAUGCUGAAAACAAUGGUGAAGACCAUCAAAAUGAAAAUGAAAAUGAUAAUGAUAACGCUAACGAAGUCAAUAAUAAUGACGACGAUGACGAUGACGAUGAUAUGAAUUGGAUUGUUAGUAAGCAAAGGUUAUCCUUACAAAUUGGUUAUGCAUUAAUUUGGCCAUGGCUUAGUGGGACAGUCGGUACAAUGCUUGGAAAUAUACCAAUCAUUCAGAAGUAUAUCCCAAGCGCGUUUAACAGAAAUCUUCUAGGUUCUAUUUUAAUUGUUGCAUUAAGGGACUGUAUAAAUUUGCUUACUGCAUAUCUUCGUUUAAAACAAGAACGCACUGCUCAUGUACUCUCUUUUGAAGAAGUUCUCACUAAGCAACUGGACCAGUAUAUGAAUAAUAUUUUGUGGAGAUAA